CUGGGAUGGAUGGUUCUGGAAGGUUGAAUGGAGUAGAAGGGCUGUCAGGGAGGAAUACUGCCCACCUUUCUGCCUCUUGUCACCGCUACCAUCCUGGCUGGACCCAGACAGUGAUGGGGCCUGGGAAAGUGUAGCACAUGUCCAGACUUCCAGGAGAGGCAACUUAUUUAUCAUCUUUGUGGAAGAAGAAAGCCCUCUGAGUGGCCAGAUGUCUCGGCAGCGAAUGCUAUAAUGUGAUGGCCAGGACUCAUGGCAAGCAGCAGUACAAUGAAGAAUGGUCUCUCCAGAUCUCAAAAGGCUAAAAGCCCAAUGACUCGUGAAGAGAAUGUUACGGAUUCUCAAAUAAACAUGAAUAAAAACAAAGUGACACCUAGGCUGUGGACCAUUCAUCGAGAUGGAGAAGUCCUUCUGAGGCUAUCAAAACAUGGGCCAGGCCAUGAGACCCCAUUAACCAUCCCUGAAUUUUUUCGGGAGUCAGUCAGCCGAUUUGGGAUGUAUCCAGCCCUUGCAACAAAGAACAGUGAGCAUUGGGAAGUUCUGAAUUUUAACCAGUACUACGAAGCUUGUCGGAAGGCAGCAAGAGCCUUGAUCAAGCUGGGCCUGCAGCGUUUCCACGGAGUUGGCAUCCUGGGGUUUAACUCCGUUGAGUGGUUAAUUGCUUCUCUUGGUGCCAUCCUAGCAGGGGGUCUCUGUGUUGGUAUUUAUGCCACCAACUCUGCGGACGCUUGUCAAUACGUCAUUACUAAUGCCAAGGUGAACGUCCUGCUGGUUGAGAAUGACCUACAGCUACAGAAAAUCCUUUCGGCACACAGUGAGAGAGAGAGAGGCAGAGACAUAGGCAGAGGGAGAAGCAGGCUCCAUGCACCGGGAGCCCAACGUGGGAUUCAAUCCCAGAUUCCGCAAAGCAGGAUGGAGACCCUAAAAGCGAUCAUCCAGUACAAGCUGCCAGUGAAGGAGAGCAAUAAUAACCUGUACUCCUGGAAUGAUUUCAUGGAACUUGGCAAUAGCAUCCCCGAUUCCCAGCUGGACCAGAUCAUAGAGAGCCAGAGGGCCAAUCAGUGCGCUGUGAUCAUCUAUACUUCUGGGACCUUAGGCAAUCCCAAGGGAGUGAUGCUUAGCCAUGACAACAUCACCUGGACGGCCGGGGCAGUGGCCAAGAACUGCAGCCUGUCUAAUGCCGCAGAAAAGCAGGAGGUGGUGGUCAGCUACCUUCCUCUCAGCCACGUUGCAGCUCAGAUGAUGGAUGUCUGGAUACCUAUGAAGAUCGGGGCUUUCAUCUACUUUGCUCAGCCAGAUGCUCUCACGCAGGGCACCCUGAUCAACACUCUGCUGGAAGUAAAGCCUACAGCCUUCCUGGGGGUGCCCCGAAUUUGGGAGAAGAUGCAGGAGAAGAUAAAAGAAAGUGGUGCCAAAUGCUCAAGCUUGAGGAAGAAGGUGUUUUCAUGGGGAAGAAUUAUUGGCUUAAAGGUCAAUACAAAAAGGAUGUUUGGGGUCCACGACACUACCAUGAGCUACCGCGUGGCAAAGGCCCUCGUGUUCAGCAAAGUCAGGAACGCCCUUGGCCUUGAUCAAUGCCAAAUUCCUAUCAGUGGGGCUGCACCCCUCAACCCAGAGACCUCUGAGUUCUUCCUAAGCCUGGACAUACCUAUAGGCGAGAUGUACGGGAUGAGCGAAAGCACAGGACCCCACACCACAUCCAGCCGCAAUAACUACAAGAUUCACAGCAGCUGUGGCAAAAUCAUGUCUGGGUGUAAGAACAUGCUGUACCAGCAGAGCAAGGAUGGCACAGGGGAGAUCUGCAUCUGGGGUCGGCACGUCUUCAUGGGCUAUCUGGAGAUGGAAGAUGCGACCAUGGAGGCCAUUGAUGAGGAAGGCUGGCUACACACCGGGGACCUGGGCCGUGUAGACAGUCAUGGUUUCCUCUACAUCACCGGCCGCAUCAAAGAAAUCCUCAUCACGGCUGGCGGUGAGAACGUGGCCCCUGUUCCCAUUGAGAACAUGGUUAAAGAGAAGAUCCCCAUAAUCAGUAAUGCCAUCUUAGUGGGAGAUAAGGCAAAGUUUCUGAGCAUCCUGCUGACGCUGAAGUGUGAGGUCGAUAGGAGGAAUGGAGAGCCACUGGACAAGCUAAGCUUGGAGGCCAUUCAGUUCUGCCGGAAACUGGGGAGCCAUGUGUCCACCGUCUCUGAGAUUUUGGAGCUGCAGGACCCCCUGGUCUACAAGGCCAUCCAGCAAGGCAUAGAUGCUGUGAAUCAGGAAGCCAUUUCCAAUGCACAGAGGAUCCAGAAGUGGGUCAUCCUGGAGAAGGACUUUUCUGUCCACAAUGGAGAGCUGGGUCCAACGACCAAGAUUAGGAGACAUUUUGUAACCCAGAAAUACAGAAAGCAAAUUGAAAGCUUUUACCGCUGACUUCUCUGGUGGAGCUGCUCUUGGCGGUCCCAACGCUUAUCUGGAGCAGGCCUUUGAUCAGAAACCUUGGUGGGAUUAAGUGCCACUUGCCAGGAAACCAGGGAACGAGGCGUGGUGGCCCAUCACAGAGGUAACUGUGGGAUCUCAGAGAGUGAACACACAUAUUUCAAGGCUCUCCAGGUGAUAACCUUUCUCCGCUCUCCAGCCUCCAAAAGAAUGACCUCACUGUGACACAUGAUUUGCCUGUAUAGGGACUUUCACUCCUGUUUUUAAGAAGCUAGAUUCCCUACAGAUCAAUCUCUUGAUUAUUUACCUGUUAAAGAGAUUCCCCCACUGGGACCUGGCAAGCCUUUUGAAACAACAGGAUCAUCACAGAUCUCUGAAUUCCUAUGAACCUUCAAGGCAUGAUCCCAAAAAAGCUUACAGAGGACUGGCUGAGACAUGAGAAAGAAAAGCCUUCACAAAUUUGAAGAAGUGAGUCCUCAAACCAACGCAUCUUCCUAGAAGCAAUGGAAACCCUUCCAACAAGUUCUGAUAAUAAAGUACUUCAGCAUCCCAUGUCCUGAUCUUCAGCCCCAGA